CACGACACUAAUGACACUGUCAGAUUUCAUAGAAAUCCCGGCCACGGAUUACAGGGAAGAGCUGAUCUUGUGUAUCGCGUUCCCAAACAGCACUAUAUCCUCUCUCCCACAAGCACUACACGAACGCGUACCCCUCUCCCCUUGAGCAACCGAUCAUACGCUGAUCGCACAGCCCAGCCAGCCAGGCGCAAUAUCACUUCAAGCUCGCAUUCACCGGAAGGAGGCUGCACCAAGCAACGACGACACAAUGACUUCUGGUCUAAUGAGGGCCUAGACAUCUUCAACAGCCAUCAUAGAUCAAUCUCCACAUCAUCAGCCCAGUUCUCUCUUGACUCAGAAGACCUUUGUUGUCGAGCUUGCCCCGCAUCCCCGCCAUCGUCUCCGUCGCCGCAGCUGCAAGAUUUCGCAACAUCUCAUUUGCGACUCCGGAAAGGACACAUAGUGAAGCUUUAAGGUUAGCUACAGGCCUGCAGCGCUUCGCAGUUCUACUCUCAGCUCCCGCUUGCUACGGCAGGCGCGAACAUUCGACAACAUGUCGUCAUCCUCCCAAAUUGCUGAGACCUGGAUCUCGCAGUUCUGCUCCCUGCUUGGCCAUGAAUACUUUGCAGAGGUCUCGGAAGACUUCAUUGAAGAUGAUUUCAACCUCACUGGCCUGCCUGCGCAAGUGCCUAUGUACAAGGAAGCACUCGAACUUAUCCUCGAUGUUGAGCCGGAAGAGGAUGAAGAGGACGUGGAAGAAGAAGAUGAAGAGAUCUCAGAGGACGAUGAUGGCAGGGCUUACAGGAGAAGUACUAGGCAUAUGCGGAUGGCCAGCGAUGCUAGCGUCAUCGAGAGCAGCGCCGAACUGCUCUAUGGUUUGAUACACCAAAGGUACAUCACAAGCAGACCGGGCAUCCAACAGAUGUUGGAGAAAUAUGAGUUGCAGCAUUUCGGCCACUGCCCUCGCGUAAACUGCUGUGGCGCCAAAGUCCUGCCUGUUGGCUUGAGCGACACCCCUGGCCAGGAUACAGUAAAACUGUUCUGCCCUAGUUGUCUCGACAUUUAUACGCCACCGAAUUCGCGGUUUCAAACUGUAGACGGUGCCUUUUUCGGUACAACGUUUGGGUGUCUCUUCUUUAUGACCUUCCCGGAACUCGACAUUAGCAUUCCAAAAAAUCCAGCAGCGGAAUCAUCUACAGCGAACGCGAACUCAGAGUCAUCAAAAACAGAGUCUGCGAGCGUCGCAACUAUCUCGGUUAACACAUCAGGGACGAGCAAAAGACUCCCACCACAGCCCACAAACAUUAAUGGAAUUGCAACAGAAAACCUAGCGCCAGGUCUUGGAGAAGGAAGGAUAUAUGAACCAAGGAUUUAUGGCUUUAAGGUUAGCACUAGAGCACGCAGUGGCCCGCGAAUGAGAUGGCUUAGAGAAAAGCCCACGGAUAUCAACGAGCUGGACGAGGCGCGAUGGUAUCACGAAGAAUUGGAAGGAGAUGCUGCAGAGGGCGAUGACGCAGCGAUAGCAUCAGAUACAAUGACUCAAAAAGCCAAAAGAAUGAAGGCCGCACGGAAAGGAAGAUUACGGCUCAAUGGUACUUCGGGCUCGAGAAACGGAGGGAGCCCCAUGGAAGUUGUGAAUGACGGCGGGUAGGUUUGUUUAAAUACUCGUAACGAACCUGACGACGACGGAACGAGCGAAAUAUGAAAUAGUCAAAGAUUCCGUGUGGUUGAAUGAUGUGUGCGGCAUCAUUUGCAUCUGCAUGGUGUUAGAACGUCAGGAGAGGGCAUUUUUGGUCUUGGUUCAUCUAUCCGGCAUACAUAGCUUUUUGUUUAUUUUACUGGCUGAUGUCUAUCUCAUCCGAACAACCGUUCCUUUUGCGACAGUGGUUCACGCAAAGAGCUAGCUGGUCUCAUCCUCCAAAGGGACUGCUUUUCCGAGAAAGCUGUCACAUGAUUUCACAACUCCUCCCUUUUCCCUCUUUCUGGAGCUUUUUUCCGUAGAUCCACUUCUACAUAUUUUUCUUCUCCUUUAAAUGUGAGCUAUAC